CUUCUCACGUCAUUACGUUCCGCUCAGCGGUUAUGGAGCUUCCUGACUGGAUGGUAACGCUGGUUUCCACCACAUCCUUCUUCUGUUUCUUAUGUUUAUGUGUUCGUUACAGACGCAAAGGACAAGUGCUCUGGAGAAAAUUGUUGAGCAAAAUUAUGGCCCGCACGGAGAAGCCGUUGUUCCGAAUCGCGUACACACUGUACACUAGGACCAGACUCGGCUACAUGUACUACAAGAGACAAAUGAGGAAAGCCCGAGAACAGUACCCUGCUGGACACUCCACAGCUCAGCCAAUGGAGUUCAAUGGUAUCAAAAUAAUCCCCAUUCCGGUACUCUCUGACAAUUACAGCUACCUUGUAGUUGACACAGCCUCCAGUGUUGCAGUUGUUGUAGACCCUGCAGACCCUCUAACAGUUCAGGCAGUUCUUGAGGAAGAGGGAGUGACUUUAGAAGCAAUACUCUGUACACACAAGCAUUGGGAUCACAGUGGGGGAAACAAAGGGUUGAAAAGGAUUCACAGCUCAUGCAGAGUUUAUGGAAACGCAGCUGAUAACAUUCCUAGCCUCACGCACCCUCUCUCCCACAAGGACUCAGUAACAGUUGGCCGUAUGCACUUUCAGGCCCUCUUCACUCCUGGUCACACAGUGGGCCACAUGAUCUAUCUCCUGGAUGGUCAGGUGGUGGACGCCCCCUCCAGCCUCUUCUCUGGUGACCUAGUAUUCCUCUCCGGAUGUGGGAGGAUGUUUGAAGGCAGUGCCACAACAAUGCUGUCAUCUCUGGACACAGUCACAUCCUUAAGUGAUGAUACCUUAUUAUGGCCUGGUCAUGAAUAUGCAGAGGACAACCUACUGUUUGCUGCUGAGGUCCAGCCUCGCAACGCUGCCAGGGAAAACAAAUCUCAGUGGGUGCUGCUGCAACGAGCCCAGAAGCUGUGCACGAGUCCCUCCACUAUCGGAGAAGAAAGGCAGUACAAUCCUUUCCUGCGCAGUCACUCUCCAGAGCUCCAUCUGGCCCUGGGCGUCCAGCAGUUCCAGGAUGAAGACUGGACCUUGUUCAGGGCUCGGGUGCUGGAGGAGCUGCGAAAACGCAAAGACCUCUUCAACAGGAGAUAGUACUGGAAACACUAAGGCCAGCUUAACACCGGCGAACAGAGAACCAGCUCCCCUGUACUGGACAGUUUCUCAGCUGAAGUCUGUUCAAAGAAACUAGUUUUGUGAAUUCAAAGGGGCAUUACAUAAUGUUUGACCUUUUUAUCAACCUGUAUCAGCCACUAGGAACAUAGUCACAACUUCAUUAGUACAUGAUACUAAUGAGUGAGCCCAUUACCUCUCAACAUACUGUAUAUUAUGCUAAUGUUGUGUUUAUAGACAGAACAGUGCUCAAUUAUUGCUUCUUUAACAUAGACACAUAAACAAUAAUGUAGGUUUGCAUGGGUAGCUUUUCGUUAUAUUAGGUACAAGCAGAUUUCUGAUUCUGGUGUGUGAAACACAGGUUUGCAUUCUACAUGUGUUAAUUUAGCAUGUUAGGUACUGUAUUUUUCACUGCAUAGUCUGGUUUAUUUUUAAGGCAAGUGAUGCAUAGUGUUAAAUGUUUAGUACACUGGCUUCACAUUAACGGUGUUGCUGAAGAGGAAUUUAAUUCUCCAUGAUAUUGUGAAUUGUUUAUUUUUAUAUAUUAUGUUCAACAAUAAUGGUACGGUUAAUUUAACAAAUUUACAAACCCUCUUUGCUGUCGGUACUUUGUGUUAGCACAGUGUAUAGAAAAAAGUCUGUACACUAGCCUUUCAUGUGAAUCUUUAUUUUCUGGAUCGAGGAAUCAAUUUUGACUUAAAAGAGAUGUUGCUGACAUUAGUUCCUUACAAUGCUUUACAAGGCUACUAGCCCUGUUAGAUUUCUUUCCUUAACAAGUUUCAUUUUAUAUUUCCCGUUAUCAUUUUCGGAUUCCCUGGGGACCACAGGUAUUAGAGGUGGAACGCAUGUUUUCUACUUCAGUCCUUUCUUGUACCUGUCAGCAAAUGAUUUCUGCUGAACCACUUGUUCCACAUUUAGAAUUGUGUUUUUCAAGUGUUGGUAGUUGCACAGCGUGAACGUGAACAGCAGCAUACGUGAGGGAUUUGACUGGUAGCGCAUUGAAAUGCAUGAAACAUGACUGAAUGGCUGUUGAAGGAAUGAUUUCUUAUGUUGGCCUGUAGAAUAAUUAAACGUACAUGGUGAUGUUGAAUCAAGCAAUCUGUAGAAGUCACUUUCCACUUUAAAAUAUGUAAUAUUUAAUCGUAAGAUGGCGAAAGAUCUUUAAUUUGUUUUUGUUUUUUAUAUGAGAAUACAAUGUGACAUUGACUGGUACUCACUUUAACAUUUGAGAAGGAAUGAUUCUAAAGACAAUUUGAAAACUAAAAUUGUACAUAUUUUAAUAUAUUGAAGGAUUUAUUAUAUUAUAACAAUACAAUGGACACAUUAUUUCAGUAUAUUAAACAAUCUUCUGUCAACGAUCA